CGGGAAGCAGCCUGAACAGAGCCGAUUAAAUUUGGGCAUAGAUCAAUUUGCUUGUUUGGAAAAUAAAUUCUGCCCCUGAUAAUUCCAAAUUAUGGGUAAAAAGGACAAAAAGUCAAAGGUAGACAAAAAGGCCAGGGUCGCCGAAAAGCAGAGUAAAAAGGCGGCCCAGAAAGAGAAGAAGGCCAGCAAAAAGGGUCCCGCGGGUGACGAUAGUGAUGCUGAAGAUGUUGAUCUGGACGCUGUCCUUGCACAAUAUGCGGAGCAGCAAGCACAAUUUCUGAAAGUCACGGAAGUGGGAUGUGAACCGCCCCCGUCAAGAUCUUCAGCUACCCUGAUCGGGUCCCCUUCAAACAGUAAUGAACUCUUUCUUUUUGGUGGCGAGUACUUCAAUGGAGCUCUGGCAAAAUUUUUCAAUGACCUCUAUGUCUAUAUAAUAGACAAGGAUGAGUGGCGACAAAUCACCAGUCCUAACAGUCCUCUUCCCCGAAGCGGUCACGCUUGGUGUCGAGGCGGCAAUACCGGAGGAAUCUAUCUUUUCGGCGGAGAAUUCUCUUCUCCAAAGCAGGGAACCUUCUAUCACUACAAUGACUUCUGGAGGUUAGAGCCAUCAACUCGAGAAUGGACUCGAAUUGAGACCAAAGGCAAAGGCCCGCCAGCGCGGAGCGGCCACCGAAUGACGUACUAUAAAAACUACAUCAUCCUCUUCGGUGGCUUCCAGGACACUUCUCAGCAGACCAAAUACCUCAAUGAUCUCUGGAUUUAUGACUGCUCGACCUUCACAUGGCAUAACCCUAUUCUUCCCCAAGCAGCCCAAAAGCCCGAUGCAAGGUCAUCCUUUUCCUUCCUGCCCCACGAUCAAGGCGCUGUUAUUUAUGGCGGUUAUUCUCGAAUAAAGCUCAAUACGACGGCAGGAAGACAGACCAAAGGCGGCGGCGGUAUGGCGCAACGGUCUAUCCUGAAACCUGUUAUUCACCAAGACACUUGGUUCUUGCGCAUUGUCCAGCCUGGGUCCGACGCACCUGCAAAUGCCCCUCCGACCAUCCGCUGGGAACGGCGCAAGCGGCCGGCUAACCCACCAAACCCGCCCCGAGCGGGUGUCACCAUGGCCCACCACAAAGGCAGAGGUAUUCUUUUUGGCGGCGUGUAUGAUGUCGAAGAAAGCGAAGAAGGCAUCGACAGCGAGUUCUUCAACACCCUGUUCGCUUGGAACGUCGAGCGAAACCGAUUCUUCCAGCUAACAAUCCGCCGUCCUCGUAGCCCGCCAAAGAAGCAGCAGGCCGCUGAUCGGGGAGGCAGACGUGGUCGUGGAAAGGCCGACGAAGAGGAGCUUCUUCGAAACCUGGCUGCCUUGGAAGCAAAGCUUUCCAUAGAUGACGCUGAAUCGGUCAAAAUUAGCAAGACUCCGGACGAGGAUGAGGAUGAUGAGCCAGCGAAGCCGCAGAAAAACGUUCUCAUGGAACUUCCCCACCCCAGAUUCAACACUGCAAUGGCGGUACAGGACGACGUUCUCUAUCUCUUCGGCGGAACCUUUGAAAAGGGCGACCGGGAAUAUACAUUCGAUGAGAUGUGGGCUGUCGAUCUUGGAAAGCUUGAUGGCGUUACGGAACUUUUCAAGCGCGAGCUGGAGAACUGGGAGGGCAGCGAGGACGAGGAAAGCGAGGAGGAAGAUGAAGAUGAAGAAGAAAGCGGCGAUGAGUCCGACGCUGAGGCAGAGGCAGCAGCAGCAGAGGCCAGCACACGAGCGACAUCGCUUGAUUCUGAAGAAACCGCUGCCGCUGCUGCAAAAGCAAGCAAAGGCAAAGACGCCGAGGCGGCUGCCUCAUCAGAGGACCCUGCAAACGCAACUGAGGAUGCGACUGCCUCGUCCGCUCUUGCACAAGCUGACGGUCUGCCGUAUCCAAGACCCUUUGAGUCUCUACGUGAUUUCUUCGCCCGCUCAUCGACACAGUGGCAAGACGUGUUGUUGGCGAAGCUUGAAAAAGCAGGUGUUGCUCCGGAAGCGAGGUCUAUUAAGGAAAUCAGGAAGCAGGCUUUCGAAAUGGCAGAGGAAAAGUGGUGGGAUUGCAGAGAGGAAAUUCGUGCCCUUGAGGAUGAGCAGGAGGAGGCUGGUAUUGGGGAAGUUGUUGCUCUCGAGGAGCGUGGGAGCGGUGGUGGAGGAGGUGCUGGUCGACGCCGGUAGAUGGGUUAGGAUCUUGAUCCGGUGUUACAAUAUUUACAUUCAUGUAAAAGAAUAUAGACCAUAAUGAAGCAAAAAGAAUAGUAAAUAGUUGAGGGUCCGUCCAGUAUAUACAAGUUUCUAGUUGGGAGUUU